AUGAAAGCUUUCACUCCUGCUGACUUUGACUUCACCUUCCUGGAGGAAGGAUUCUGUGCCCGUGACAUCGUGGAGCAGAAGAUCAACGAAUCAUCCCUGUCGGAUGAUAAAGAUGCAUUCUAUGUGGCUGACCUGGGCGAUGUUCUGAAGAAACACCUGCGAUGGGCCCGUGUUUUGCCUCGCAUCACGCCCUUCUAUGCUGUCAAAUGCAAUGACAGCAAGGCCGUUGUCAUGACGCUGGCGUCACUGGGGGCAGGUUUCGAUUGUGCAAGCAAGACUGAGAUUCAGCUUGUACAGUCUGUGGGAGUGGACCCAAACAGGAUCAUCUAUGCUAACCCCUGUAAGCAGGUCUCGCAGAUUAAAUAUGCGUCCGCACACGGGGUACAGAUGAUGACCUUUGACAGCGAGGUGGAGCUCAUGAAGGUUGCACGUAGUCAUGACAACGCCAAGCUGGUGCUUCGUAUCGCUACAGAUGACUCCAAGGCGGUUUGUCGUCUAAGCGUGAAGUUUGGAGCCACGCUGAAGAGCAGCCGUUUGCUGUUGGAACGUGCGCGGGACCUUGGUCUGGACGUUAUUGGUGUCAGUUUCCACGUGGGCAGUGGCUGCACUGACCCAGAGACAUACAGCCAGGCCAUCUCGGAUGCACGCUGUGUCUUUGACAUGGGGGCCGAGCUGGGUUUCAACAUGACACUGUUGGACAUUGGUGGAGGCUUCCCUGGAUCUGAAGAUACCAAACUGAAGUUUGAGGAGAUUGCUGCAGUGAUCAACGUUGCGUUGGAUAAGUAUUUCCCAGUAGACUCUGGGGUGAGGGUGAUUUCGGAGCCAGGACGCUAUUACGUGGCCUCGGCGUACACGCUGGCCGUCAACAUCAUCGCCAAGAAGGUCAUCAUGAAGGAGCAGUCUGGCUCUGACGAAGAGGACGAUGGCACCAAUGACAGAACCCUGAUGUACUAUGUCAAUGAUGGAGUUUAUGGAUCUUUCAACUGUAUCCUGUAUGACCAUGCCCAUGUCACACCCACCCUACACAAGAAGCCAAAGCCAGAUGAGCGUCUGUACCCGUGCAGUGUGUGGGGUCCCACUUGUGAUGGGCUGGACCGGAUUGUGGAGCUCUGUGCUCUGCCUGACAUGCAGGUUGGAGACUGGCUGCUGUUUGAGAACAUGGGCGCCUAUACUGUCGCUGCCUCCUCCACCUUCAAUGGCUUCCAGAAACCUGACAUUCACUAUAUCAUGUCCCGGGCUGCCUGGCAGUGCAUGCAGCAGAUCACUGCCCAGGGUUUGCCCACUGUUGCUGAGGACCAGGGCACGGGCAACAUGCCAUCUUACUGUGGCCGCGAGAGCAGCCUGGAACUGCCGACCAAACCCCAUGCCACCCACGUGCUCUGA